AAUAUAUUAUUAUAUUAGUAAUUUAUUGAUGAAUUUUUCAUUGAGGAGAAACUCUAGUUAACGUUGAUAAUUAAUAUACACUUCACCAUUAUAUAAAGCGCAUGAAAUCUGGUCUUCUGAUGCCAAAAAGAUAUACAACAUAAUGGAUUUUCAUAUAUUCCGAUUAUUUCGUUUGAUUAGCGUCGCAGUUUUCAUCUUACAUGGCUCGUGUUAUUCCGACAAAGCUGGUUAUUACAGUUUUUCGAAAGAUGCUGCCACAUCAGCACCAAUGUUAUCUCACUUCGACUACAUAGUCAUCGGAGGAGGAACCGCCGGAUGUGCACUAGCCGCAACGCUAUCCCAAAACGCUACUGUUUUAGUUCUCGAACGUGGUGGGUCCCCUUACGACAAUCCCACGGCCACAGACAUCGGAAACUUCUUGCACACAUUCUUGAACACAACUCCAAACUCGUGGUCUCAGCUAUUCAUCUCCGAAGACGGCGUUUUCAACUCACGCGCACGCGUGCUCGGAGGAGGAACGGUGUUAAACGCUGGAUUCUACUCACGCGCGGAAGAUGAUUACGUGGCGGAAACUGGUUGGGUAAGAGAAGAGGUCGCAGCUGCUUACGAGUGGGUCGAGAAGAAGUUGGUGUUCCAACCACAGAUUAAGGGAUGGCAAACGGCGUUUAUAGAUGGUCUUUUGGAGGUUGGAGUGACUCCCUACAAUGGUUUCACCUACGAACAUGUUCAUGGCACCAAAGUUGGUGGUACGAUAUUUGAUCCGGAUGGUAGAAGACACACGGCAGCGAAUCUGUUGGAGUAUGCUGAUCCGCAAAUGAUUACUGUCUACUUGCACGCUUCUGUUCAUAAGAUCCUCUUCACCACCACAGGAAAUAUGAGGCCCAAGGCAAAUGGGGUGAUCUUCCGGGAUACCAAUGGAGUGUUUCACACGGCAAAACUAGCGGCACAUAGCGCACUGAAUGAGGUGAUCUUAUCAGCCGGGGCCAUCGCUAGCCCUCAGCUACUGAUGUUGAGUGGUGUUGGCCCUGCGUCUCAUCUAGCAGACCAUGGAGUGGAACCGGUCAUCCUAGAUCAACCCAUGGUGGGACAAGGAAUGUGUGAUAAUCCGAUGAAUGCUGUCCUCAUCCCUUCUCCUGAACCCGUAGAAGUGUCACUUGCCCAAGUCGCUGGAAUCCCUCAUUUUGGUAGUUACAUUGAAGGUGGGAGUGGGUUAAGUGUCUCUAUUAGUUUGUGGCAUAGCUUCUACGGUGCCGUUAUAAAUCUUCUCAAUGAGAUGAAACUUCCCACCAAAACCCUCUCACGCUUUUUCAAGUUAUUGGAUCUUCGAGUUAAUGUGACAACACAAGCAGGUAGGAUGGUUCAGAAAGUUGAUUGGCCGAUCUCGAGAGGUCAUUUGGAGCUGCGGAACACGAAUCCAGACGACAAUCCUUCAGUGACAUUCAACUACUACCAAGAACAAGAAGAUUUGAAUAACUGUGUUGAAGGACUUAGUACUAUAAUUAAAGUGAUAGAUUCGAAGAAAUAUUCCAAGUACAUGUUCCCUGGAGUCACGGGGCGGGGAUUGUUGGAUUUCAUUCUUGGUCUUCCCAUCAAUCUGAGGCCAAGACACAUUAAUUCAUUGUUCGAUUUGAAGCAAUAUUGUAAAGAUACCGUGAUGACUAUUUAUCAUUACCAUGGAGGUUGUCAAGUUGGAAAGGUGGUCGACAAUGAUUACAAAGUAUUAGGAAUUGAUGCUUUGAGGGUCAUCGAUGCAUCCACGUUUCUCAAGACCCCAGGGACUAAUCCUCAAGCCACGAUCAUGAUGCUUGGAAGGUAUAUGGGGCUGAAGAUUCUUCGUGAGAGGGCGGAAUUUCUCGAAACUAAAGAAGAACUAUGAUAAUUUAAAUAUGCUCAAAAUUCUUGUUACUAGAGACUGUUCCUUGCAAGAUCACAUAUUGCAAGUGCAUUUUCUCUUUUACGUGACGAAAUGUUAUUUAAGAAAAAUUAAAAUCUAAAGAUGCUAAGUUAUUUUACUA